AUGGAUUAAUUAUAAGAAGAAAAUAAAUUAUCAAAAAAGUAAUAGAAAAAAUUAGCUAAGAAACAAAAAUAAAAAGAGUAUUUUAAAGAAAAGAAAAUUCUCAAAAAACAAAUUAAAAAAUAAUAAAAAUAAGAAUAAAAAUCUAAUUAAGAUUAAGAUAAUAAAUAACCUAAUCAAGAAAAAUAGCAUAAAAAACCUAGAGAUUAAUAUUAGUAAGAAAUGAAGAAUAGUAUAAAAGUUAUUAUUGAUUUACAAUUUAUGAAUUAAAUGACCAUUUAAGAAAAAACUUCUUUAUACAAAUAAAUUGAACUUUGUCAUUCAAUAAAUUUUAAAUCUCAAAAACCUUUAAAUCUAAUUGUUACAUCCUUAACAGAAGAUUUUAAGUUAUUAUUAGAUAAGAGUAAUGCUGUAAAUUGGGGUAUUGAAUUAAAUGAAAAACCUUAUAUUGACUUAUAUAAAAAAGAAGAAUUAGUUUAUUUAACAGGUGACACAGAUAAUGUUAUUGAAGAUCUAAAAUAAGAUGAAGUGUAUAUUAUUGGUGGAUUAGUUGAUCAUAAUAGAUUAAAAUUAAUUACAUAUAAUAAAGCAUUAGAACAAGGCAUCAAUACAAAAAAGUUACCAAUAAAUUUAAAUUUGAAAACAUCAUCAAUAUUAACUGUAAAUUAGGUAUUCGAAAUUUUGUUAAGACGUAAUAAUGGAGAAGAUUGGGUUGAUUCUAUUUAGAAUACAAUUCCUAAGCGAAAACUUGCAUGA